AUGACGGGAAGAAAGCAUUCAAAUGCCAAUUACUUCAAUGGCUGGAGGGAAAUUUCUUUGGUGGGACAAGAGGAAGGCAAAAUAUCGACCUUCACAGAAGACGGUGACCGAAUAAGUCAAGGCCUCAACACGUCGAUGUCUAGGCGGAAAGACCUCGGUCAAAGCAUACUGAUCCUAAAGCGCCACCAGUGCAUCUGCUGCCCCCUCUCUCAGAUCCUGAGACCUGGAGACAAACCUGUCCAGCUGCUUGCUAGGACCAGCACCAAGAGGGUGGAUGGUCACCAGGAUGAGACCCAAAUAUUCCAAGCAUUGUCCCAGGAUCAGGAAACAUUUCUGGACAUUCGACAGCCAACAGAAUAUGUCCAGGGAAGUGUAGGGAGCCCCGUCUGGGGAGGUCCAUCCUCCCUGGUCACCGUUGUCUCCGGUACAGGAAGUGACGGGAAAUCCCACUACGUCCAGGCCGAUUCUCCCACCAACAAAGCUCUGGCUGCGCUGGUCUCUCAGCUGCUGCAGUUCCAGGAAGAUGCUUUUGGACGUCACGUCACUUCAGCUUCAUCAUCAAGAUCCGGGAUGAAGUGCUUCUUGGAUUUUAAGCCCAGUGGUGCCCUCUGCCACAUCCUGGGUGCGGCGUACAAGCACCGGAGUGACCAAGGAUGGAGGAGAUUUGAUUUGCAGAAUCCAUCCCGAAUGGACCGCAAUGUGGAAAUGUUUAUGGCCAUUGAAAAGACGCUGGUACAGAACAAUUCUUUGACCAGACCCACAGUCUACCUCGUCCCAGAAAUUGAGUUGAAGUUGGGCAAUAAAUUGAAAGACAUCGUGAAGCGUCAUCAGGGUACAAUUACGGAAGAUAAGGCGAAGGCCUCCCACCACGUUUACCCCGUUCCUACCUCGCUGGAUGAAGCGGAUGAAUGGCUGAGACCCGUGAUGAAGAAAGAGAAGCAAUUUCUUGUACACUGGGGCUACUACCCGGACAGCUAUGACUCCUGGGUGCCCGUCUCGGAUCUUGACGCUGAAGUUGAAGACCCUCCAAUUCCGGAGAAGCCUUGGAAGGUUCAUUCAAAGUGGCUGCUGGACACGGACCUGUUCAACGAGUGGAUGAACGAGGAGGACUACGAGGUGGAUGAGAAUAAGAAGGCCACCAAUUUCCGGCAGAGGAUCUCUCUAAAGAAUGACGAGUCCCUGCGCAGUCCUGAGCGGAAGGAUCGGAAGUCUGCUGGCGCACCCAAGAAAAGGAAGCGGUCCCCUUCCCCUCAGACCCCGUCCGAGUCCCGGAAGAAGCCCGGCAAGAAAAGUCAGGGCGGCCUUUAUGGCAAGCGGAAAUGGCAGAAGGAAGAGGACGAGCAGGAGGAUCUGACCAAAGACAUGGAGGACCCCACACCCGUCCCCAACAUGGAGGAAGUCAUGCUUCCCAAAAACGUGAACCCAAAGAAGGACAGCGAGCACACACCGGUGAAGGGCGGAGUGGUGGCCGAUCUGGAUGAGCAGGAGGAGGAAGCCGUAGCUGCCAGUGGAAAGGAAGAUGAAGACCCCAGCCGAGGAGAUCAGAGCAGGAUGAUCGAUAACAGUGAAGACAAUGUGACGGAACAGACCAAUCACAUCAUCAUCCCCAGCUAUGCGGCUUGGUUUGAUUAUAACAGCAUUCACGUCAUUGAACGCCGAGCUCUUCCAGAAUUCUUCAAUGGCAAGAACAAGUCAAAGACCCCAGAGGUAUACCUGGCCUACCGCAACUUCAUCAUCGACACCUACCGGCUGAACCCCCAGGAGUAUCUGACCAGCACCGCCUGCCGCAGGAACCUGACGGGAGACGUGUGCGCCAUCAUGAGAGUUCACGCAUUCCUGGAGCAGUGGGGUCUGGUGAACUACCAGGUGGAUGCCGAUUCCCGACCAAUGGCCAUGGGCCCGCCUCCGACACCUCACUUCAACGUGCUGGCGGACACGCCGUCCGGAUUGGUACCGCUGCACUUGAGGACUCCUCAGAUUCCCUCCGCUCAGCAGAUGUUGAAUUUCCCUGAGAAAAGCAAAGACAAACCGGCAGAUCUGCAGAACUUUGGGCUGAGGACAGAGAUCUACUCCAAGAAGACAUUGGCCAAGAAGUCGGCCAGCGCUGGGCGGGAGUGGACAGAACAGGAGACUAUGCUGCUGUUAGAGGCUCUGGAGAUGUACAAAGAUGACUGGAACAAGGUGUCGGAACACGUGGGCAGCCGCACUCAGGAUGAAUGUAUCCUGCACUUCCUCCGGCUGCCGAUUGAGGACCCGUACCUGGAGAACUCCAACUCUUCCCUGGGACCCCUGGCCUAUCAGCCUGUCCCGUUCAGCCAGUCCGGCAACCCGGUUAUGAGCACGGUCGCCUUCCUGGCCUCGGUGGUGGAUCCUAGGGUAGCUGCGGCGGCCGCAAAAGCUGCUCUUGAGGAGUUUUCCCGCGUUCGGGAGGAGGUGCCCCUGGAGCUGGUGGAGGCUCAUAUUAAGAAGGUACAAGAAGCGGCCAAGGCCCUGGGCAAGGUGGACCCGACCUAUGGCCUGGAGAGCAGCUGCAUAGCUGGCACAGCGCCUGAGGAGCCCGACAAGGCCGCUGAAAGCACAGAAGAGGAGAAGAUGGAAACGGAGACCCCAGAAGCCUCGCAGCCGGAGAAGGUGAGUCCUCGGGUGAAAAUUGAGGAGGGGCCGGAGACUGAGAGCAGCGAAAAAUCCGACGCGCCAACGGAGAAGAAGCCGGAAGAGGAAGGGGCGGAGCCCGCGGCAGAAGAGAAAGCCGAGGAGGAAACGGAAGAAUCUAAAGAAAACGUGGAGUCCACCAAAGAGAUCGACCCCAUCAAAAAGAAAAUGGAAAACGAUCUCUCUGAAGCUAAUGUAGCAAUGGCUGCUGCCGCUGCCCUCGCCUCUGCCGCUACGAAAGCCAAGCACCUGGCUGCCGUAGAGGAGCGGAAGAUCAAGUCACUGGUGGCUCUGCUGGUGGAAACGCAGAUGAAGAAACUGGAGAUUAAACUGCGGCAUUUUGAAGAGCUGGAAACCAUCAUGGACAGAGAAAAGGAAGCGCUGGAACAGCAGCGUCAGCAGCUCCUGACUGAACGCCAGAACUUCCACAUGGAGCAGCUGAAGUACGCCGAGAUGCGGGCGCGCCAGCAGAUGGAGCAGCAGAACCUACAGCAGCAACAGCAACAACAGCAGCAACAGCAGCAGCAACACGGGCAGAACCUGCAGCAGCACGGGCCGAAUCCCCAGCACCCAUCACCAGGCCCUGGAGCCCCCGGUAUGGGCCACAUCCCUCCUACUCCCCACCCCGGGGGGAUGAUGGGUCUCCCACAGCAACCGCAGCCACCUCCCUAUGGCGCUCACCACCAGAUGCCACCUGCCCAUCCGCCACAAGCAGGUCAAAUGCCUGGGCCCAGCUCCAUGAUGCCCGGACCUCCUAUAGGAGCCCGAAUGAUGCCCAACAUGCACCCAGCAGCUGGACAACCUCACCCCCCACCCCCGCAGACAGCGAUGCCCCCUAUGCCAGGUGGGAUGAUGGGACCGCGGCCGCCAAUGGCUCCGAAUGGCAUGUGCGUUCCGGGGGCUGCUCCCCGCGAUGGGGGCUGCUCCCCGCGAUGGGGGCUUCCCCCGGCUCCCCGCGAUUGGGGCUCCCCUCGUGGCCACAUGGUCAAGAGCUCGUACUCCCAGCUCCGGAACGAUGAUGGCCCAGAGUCCGCCCUCGUCAUCCGCACUGACCUCAAAGUGAGCAGGUUGGUUGGAGAAGAAAGAGAAAUGUCUCCAUUGUUAUCUGAGAUCGUGUUCCAGACCGCAGCGGAGGGUUCCAUUGGCCAAAGCAGUUCACCGUUUCUAUGGAAAACUAAAGUCCACUAUAAUAUCGAGGUUCCCUGCACCCCAAAACUGCCGAAUGAGAAGAAUCCGG